AUGCAGCAUUUUAAUAUUAUUUUUAAAAACGCCAAAGAAAUAAGCAAAUUAUUGUGUAUUUUUUAUCUCAUUUAUUUUUUGAUGUCAAUUGCUGAAAUUAUUGCGGUAAAAGUGUCAGUAGAUGAACUAUUGCCGACCAUUAGAAUCCCUUAA